AUGACUGGGCUCCCCACCGCACGCACCGCCUUGUUGGCGCUGGCAGCAGGGGUGACUGCCACCAAUUUUCUCAAUCAUGCCCAGCUGCUCGCUGGCGUCGAAGACCGCGACUGGUUUGAGAAGAACAUUCCGAUACUCGAUAUCCCCGAUCAGCAGAUUCAGGACGUCUAUUACUACCGAUGGCAGACGUAUAGGGAGCACCUUGUUUAUACGGGUGCCCAGUAUGGCUAUAUGCCAAGUGAAUUCCUGCACCCGGUUGGCUACGGCGCGCCGUACGGCGGCGUUGUGGGCUCGGCUGGCCACCAGAUCAACGAGGGACGCUGGUUGCGCGACUUGCGGUAUGGCCAGAACGCAGUCAACUAUUGGUUUGCUGGACCUGGCCUAUUGUCCAAGCCAGCGACAGAAGAGCUGAACAAGGACACUUAUGACUGGGCGCACGAGUACAGUAUCUGGGCUGCCAGCUCCGUAUGGAGGCAGUAUCUGAUUACGGGGGACCGGAACUUUGUUCUGAGCCAGCUCGACAAUCUGGUCAAGCAAUAUCGUGGCUGGGACAACCACUUCAACUCCGGCCUCGGCUUAUACUGGCAGUAUCCGGUCUGGGACGCGACCGAGUUUACCCCUGCAUCGUAUGAGUCGAGCGAUCCGUACCACGGUGGUGUCGGAUUCCGCCCAACGAUCAAUGCCUACCAGUACGGCGAUGCUAUCGCAAUCGCCGCUAUUGCAUCCUUGAAAGGCGACACGGCGCUAGCUGCGGAGUACAAGAAACGUGCGCAGGCCCUUCAAGAUGCCGUGCAGAACCAUCUUUGGGAUGAUGAGCGCAAGUUCUUCAUGCACAGAGCUCGCGACAACAACACAUCGGGAGCCCUGUUGACUACCAGAGAGAUCAUGGGAUAUGUUCCCUGGAUGUUCAACAUGCCCAAAGUGGACUCAGACAUGGUUGCAUUUGAGCAGCUCUUGGAUCCCCAGGGAUUCUCUGCCACAUAUGGGCCAACCACUGCCGAAAGGAGGAGCAAAUGGUUCAUGUACGAGGCGGAGAGCUGCUGUCAUUGGGACGGCCCUUCGUGGCCCUUUGCCACAUCGCAGACUCUCACCGCAGUGGAGAACGUGCUCAACGACUACCCGCCGCAAAAGUACAUUACGUCGUCAGACUAUGUCACGCUUCUUCGUCGCUACGCUGCUACGCAGUACAAGGACGGCAAGCCAUACGUGGCCGAGGCUCACGAUCCAGAUGCCGAUAAGUGGAUAUACGACGGCGCGGAUCACAGCGAGGAUUACAGCCACUCGACCUACGUUGAUAACGUACUGGCCGGACUGCUUGGUCUCCGAGGCCAGGCGGAUGACACGCUCGUAGUUAACCCGCUGGUACCAUCGACUUGGGACCACUUUGCCCUGGAGAACGCAGCAUACCAUGGACACAGCAUUACCAUUCUCUGGGACAGCACCGGAACGCACUACAAACAGGGCAAGGGUCUGCGAGUCUACGUCGACGGCAGACUUGCAGGCAGUCGCAGCUCCAUCGGGUCUAUCAAAGUCAAAGUUGGCACCGCAUCGCCUCCCAGCGUCAGCCCGCUUGUAAACAUUGCCGCCAACGGUCAGAAUUUCUCGCGGCUGACAACGGGAUUUGCCUCAUACACUUCUCCUGUUGACGAUGCGGCACGGGCCAUUGAUGGCAUCGUUUGGCGAACCGGUAUCCCCGAAAACAGCCGCUGGACAUCUUACAGUAGCCCGAAUCCGCAGGAUUAUAUGGGCAUCGAUAUGCGGAGGGAUCAGGCCAUCUGCGACGUUCGACUGUUCUUCUAUGACGAUGGCGGUGGUGUGCGCAUUCCUUCCAGCUACGACCUGCAGUACUGGACGGGCAGCAACUGGACUACUGUCCCAGGCCAGAAGCGCAGCGCUCUGCCAACCACCUCCAAUGUCGAGACCAAGAUCACUUUUCCAACCAUCAAGGCAUCCAAGCUUAGAGUGGUGGCGCCAAACCCCGGCACUGGUAAGGGCUGGGGCUUGUCCGAGUUCGAAGUCUGGACAGCAGCCAUCUUCCAGCUCCGCAACGAAAACAGUGGUAAGCUCAUGGGCGUGGACCACGAGUCCACUGCCAACGGCGCGAACAUACAGCAGUAUGAAGACAACGGUAGUCGCGACCACUUGUGGCAGGCAGUGCCAGCGCCUGGCGGCUGGUUAAAGUUCAAGAACCUCAACAGCGGCCUGCUGCUGGGAGUCAAAGAUGCGUCGACCGCGAAUAGCGCGCAGCUCCAGCAGAACAAGGACAGCGGGGCAGAUGAUCAGCUUUGGAGAGUGGGGUCGCAAGGCAAUGGCUUGUUCUUCAUUCGGAAUAAGAAAAGCGACAAGCUCGCCGGCGUUGAUGGCAUGUCGACGGCCAACAGUGCCAACGUGGUACAAUUUGAAGACAAUGGCACCAAGGAUCACCUGUGGAGCUUACUUCCAGCCGUGUCGGAAGGCUGCUCGGCUUAA